AUGAGUGACGAGAAGAAGUCUCCAGGCGCUUCUCUUGAAGGGAAAACAAACCUAGAGCCGACGGUCAGUCUCGAUGUAGGCCAGACCGAGAACCAUGGGGACCUACACCGGUCCUUCAGCCCUAGACAGGUCCAUGUCAUCUCGCUAGGCUCUAACAUCGGAAGUGGACUGUUCAUUGGUACGGGCAAGGCGUUGGCUAAUGGAGGACCAGCAAACAUGAUUCUCGCGUACUUUAUAGUCUGCGUCGGCGUCUGGGCUCAUCUCCAAACAUUUGCCGAGAUGACUAUUGCAUUUCCAACGUCAGGAAGCUACAUCGACUAUGCUGACCGAUGGGUUGACCCAGCUCUGGCUUUCGGCGCCGGUUUAGCUGAGUGGUUGGGGUGGACGGCCGUGUUUGCAUCAGAGGGUACCUUUUUUGUCGUGCUUGUCGACUACUGGGCCGAGGGUGCUGUUCCAGAGGCCGCUAUACUAUCCAUUUUCGUUGUGAUAUGCUUGGCGGUGUUUUUUAUGCCAAACACCUACUUUGCCUGGCUCCAAUAUAUUGGAUCCAUGGUCAAGGUAUUUCUUUUCGUCUUCAUUGUUAUCAUCGCCCUAGCCGUCAUUGGGGGUGCAGGACCAAAUGGUUCAGUCAAAGACGGCAGCACCUGGACGGACCUCCCAGCAUUCAAGAAUGGCUUCGGAGGUUUUGCUAGUGCAGCUCUUCUCGCUGUGUGGGCCGUCGGCGAUCAGAUCUACGUUGGCGUAUUGGCCGGAGAGGCACGAUCACCGCGAUACUCCAUGGCCCAUGCAGCUAAUGUGGUUCCAUGGCGCGUGGGCGUCAUGUAUAUGACCUUGGUGACCUUUAUCUCGGUGAUUGUGCCAUCGUCGGAUAGCCGACUACUCGGUGGCUCCGGCUCAGCUGCGUCUCCGUUUGUGAUUGCUGUCAGCAACUCUGGCAUCAGAGGUGUUCCCGACCUGAUAAACGCCUGCAUGAUCAUUGGGAUCCUAGCCAUAGCGCUGGAGUGCAUCUAUCUGCCCUCUCGCAUCCUGAGAACCAUGGCCCUACAAAAGCUCGUCCCAUCGGUUAUUGCAGAUGUCGAUGACAAGGGCCGGCCACGCUGGGCGCUGCUGAUUACUGGCGUGGUCGGAGCUGUCUUGACAUACAUCAGUUUAGGCGGCAAGGGAAUCGAGGUCCUCAAUUGGUUCAUUGCAAUUACCAGCGCAUCCCUAUUCAUCAACUUUGCCAUAGUAGCAUAUACCAACUUCCGCUUCCGUGCAGCCGUCAAAGCACAGAACGCGACUUUCUUUACGGAGACAUACAACUGGCAGUCGCCUUUUUGGCCGCUUACGCCCAUCAUGGUCUUCGUUAUAUCCGCGCUGCUCCUCGUCUGCCUUUUGUACAGCAGUAUUAAGCCACUGGACGACGCUCCCUUCACGAUAUACAAUUUCUUCUCCAACAUCCUUGGCAUCCUGGUCAUCGUGGUGCCGACAGUCUUGUACAAAGUAAUCCUGCGGACGAAAUGGCGGGAUCCGAAGACCGCGGAUCUAGUGACUGGAAGGCGACAGUUAGUUGCAGAAGAGAUCUUGCUCCUGGAUGAGCAUUAUAGCCGACCGCUUUGGAGGAGGGUUGCGACAUAUGCGAAGCUUUGGUAG